CGACACUUGACACCUGGAUCCUGGAGAGUCGCUGCACCUGGAGUCUCAAAGCUACGUCGGACGUGGUGUUAAACAUAAGUGCGGCGCCGCACCUCAGGAAUUAUCUUUUGGUUUCUAGCCUUUCCAUGCGGUGUGUGAGCUGCCAACCUGGACGCGGCGGUGUCAUCACGAUGAUCAAAAGUUAAACCAAGCACUUCCGUUGAGGAUUUGGUUGCGUGUCCGAGUGACGCUCCUGACUGUCGCUUCAACACGAAAUCUGACGAGGUGGCUGAGCGUUACGUCUUUGCUCCCGUCUGCUGUUGUCAAGAACAGCGGGUUCAACGUGAGGCAGUGCAGCUCCUGCCAACGCAAUGAUGCCGCGACUCAGCAGGCAGCUCAUAACUGCUUUUGCUUUCUCGGUCGCAACCGCAUCAACCAAGACCUCACUUCAAACCAUGGUUUUCCGCCACGCUCUACGAGUUGCAGUCGUCUCCGAUAGCAAGAUCGUGCAACGCACGCUACACACGAACGCAAUGGACAAGCUUCGUCCACUUUGGCAAAAGCGGUGGCCAAUGCUCUCUAAAGCUAACUACACGAAUGAAGGAACGCAAGGAGACAGUGAUACAAUUGAAGUCGCCAAGAGGCAGCAAGCAGUGCAAAGCGACAACUACCAACUCGUGAUCGUGGGCACUGGUUGGGCUGGUUACCAAAUGUUCACCGAGUGCUCCAAGCAUCUCGCCGAUAUCGAGAAGAACGUGGACGGCAGGAACGUGGACAUCGUCGUGGUCUCCAUGCGAAACCAUUUCCUGUACACGCCACUGCUAGCAAGUACAACUGUAGGAACACUCGAGUUCCAGUCCAUUACGGAGCCAAUCCGUGAUGGAAUGUUUCGCCACGAAGGUCAUUUUCAUCUUGCCAGUGUCAAGGAGAUCGAUCCAGAGAAGAAGGAGCUGUUCGUCAAGUCAGCUUUGGGCUCCCGUCGAGAGUAUCCUAUCAAGUACGACACAUUGGUGCUGGCCUGUGGUUCUCGCCCACUCACCUUCGGUCUACCAGGUGUAGAGGAGCAUGCCUUCUUCCUCAAAGAAAUCCACCACGCUCAGAAAAUCCGCAACCGGAUUCUGGAAAACUUCGAGGUGGCUACACAACCUGGCGUCACACCCGAGGAGAAGGCACGACUGCUACAUUUCGUUGUGGUGGGCGGUGGCCCUACCGGUAUCGAGUUCUGCGCUGAGUUGUAUGAUCUGGUACUCCAAGAUCUCCGACACAUGUACCCUGAUGUGUCCAAGUAUCUCGGUGUAACGCUGUUAGACUCCGGUGAAAUUCUGAGUGGUUUCGACAAACAACUACGCACUGUAGCGCUCAGUAAGAUCGAGUCGAGAAGCAGUAUGCGGAUCAUCAAGAAGAACUGCAUUGAAGUCACUGCUGACGGUGUGACGCUUGAAGAUGGCGAGAAACUACCCGCGGGUCUUGUAGUCUGGACGGCUGGGGUAGGACCCAACGCACUUACCAAGUCACUGACAGUGUUUGACAAGAGCAAACGCGGUAACAUUCUGACCAACCAGUACUGUCAAGUACUAGGAGCAGCGGAGGUCGAGAAGGAAGCUCCAUUUGGCAUGCCUCGUCGCUCGAACGUGUUCUCUAUUGGAGACUGUGCCGAAAUCCUGGACUACUCGUUGCCAGCGACAGCGCAAAAGGCUCAAACUCAAGCUGACUACCUCACAGCAUUGCUGCGUGGUAAGAACUCAACUCCUGCUAAGCCGUAUAUUUUCCGCAGUAAGGGAAUGAUGGCGUAUCUGGGCUCGUACCAGGGUCUGUUUGAGGCACGACCUCGCGAAGAUGGCAAGAUCACGCUCACUGGGUGGCAGGCCUGGUUCCUAUGGCGAAGUGCGUAUCUGACCAAGCUCGGAAGUUGGAGACUUCGAUUGCAAGUGCCGCUGGAUUGGCUCAAGGCAUUCGUUGUAGGUCGAGAUGUAUCCAGGUUUUAAGGGUAUUGCCUGUCGAUGAUACAAUUGCAUCGCCCAGAUACAGAAAUUUGCCUCUAGUAGUAAAAAUGAUUCAUCUACUUCAUCUUGCAACCUACUGGAUGCUGGCUCGGGUCUUAGUAGGCGCUCAGUGUGUUCAUCCAUGAGCAAGACAAGAUGGUUAAGGUGGUUGACGAAUUCCGAGAGAUAUUGCCGAAAAAGUACGCAAAAGAGAUCUCCGAAAAACCUGGCUUCGUUCAACUAGUGUUGAGUGCAAAUUUCCGAGCUGCAGACCGAUUCACCCGAGUGUUCAAGG